AUGUGCUCCAACGUCGCCAAACUGCGCAUACUCAACGACUACGCAGAGUUCCCGAUUGGGACAUUCGCCAAGGCAUUGGAGCAGCAGACAUGGACACGACUCACCGACCUUGCAUUGACAGUAUCCCGUGGCUCGGUGUUCAAGGCGUUCUCUGUUUCUGUCAGUGAUCUCCGGUCGAAUCCAGAGUCGUGGAUCUGCUUGAGGCUGAAGAUUCUCGAGUUCUCUUUUGUCACUGACCCGACAAGGUCCAAUGAUGACGGCGAGCUUGUGUCCAAGCAGCUUUCGAGACUGGAAAGUUUAGAGACCCUGAAUCUUAAUGUGCGCCACACUUGGGCCUUGCCGAGGUACAUCGUCAGUCGGGCGAAGAAACUGAGUUCACUCCGAUGGCGGCUGGAUUCGAGACUGCGGCAUCUUUCUACUCUGAGGCGACAGAGGACGGUGACGAUUAACAGCUUGCAUCACGAUGCACAGAUGGAGGAUGCCCAGUGGAUGUUGGGUCAGUGGCCAGUUCUGGAGAAGGUGACUUGUAGCCUGUCGCAGGAUGCGGUGACUAGGAAGCGUUUUGUGAGUAUGUUUGGGCAGCAUAAUGUCAUUCUGGAAGCGAAAGACGAGCCUGCCAUGGCACACAUCACAGAUCUUCCAGAAGAAAUCAUUACUUACAUCGGAACCUUCCUCACCAAACGCGACAUCAUCACCGCAAUCCGUACCUGCCGCCACCUCCACCAAUCUCUCUCCCACCUCAUCUGGAACGACGUUACCCUCCAAACCGGCAAACUCCCCAUUGUCACACACCUCCAAACCAACGCCGAGUCUGUCCAGCGCCUCCACAAUUUCGGAACCAUCCCUCCAGAAUACUACCGCAUCGUCUUUCCGGCGCUGUGUUCACUCGAGAUCCACUUCAAGGGCGCUAACCCAACACGACGGGCUCAGGGAUCGGCUCAGCAGGAGGUUAAUAAUACGGCGUUGAUUCGAUUAAACCCGACGAUUCAGGAUUUGACGAUCCAUCUUGCCAAUCAUACGCCGUCGAAUGAGUUUUGGGAGGCAAUUACGAUAACGCUGCGGCGGGCGAGGUCGCUGCGGCUGACGGGGGUUUUUGAUCUGUUGGGGAGGGCGCCUGUGAAUGCGUUCUGGGGGACUUGUGCGCGGUUCAGGGAGGUUGCAUGUUUUGGUCGGGAUGGGCUCUUGUCGGAUCUGGUGCCACCGAUCUUGUUUCUGGGACUGGAUCGGAUCACGCUCGGGAUCAACACUGCUCAUAGCGAUGUCAAUAACACUAUCAUUCAUCUCGAGUGGCUCAAGCGCUGCCCCAACCUGACAAGGAUGCGAUGGGAGAUGGCAGGAUCUGAACUUCCUAUCCCGCAAUUUGCAGAGGCGUUGGAACAGACGACAUGGGCGCAGUUGCAGGGUCUUUGUCUAACAGGUGUCACAGAGUCGGAUGAAGUUCUCUCGGUCGUUAUGCGUCGCCUGCCUGCACUGACGAGCCUCGAAAUGGACGCAAAGGCGUUUGGUCCGCAAUGUUUUGAUUGGCUCAGGAUCCGUCAGUUCACGGGAAUACAGGCACUGCAUCUACGGGAAUGUGUCCGAGUGACGAGUAUGAUGGUUCUGGAGAUCUUGCACAACUGUACGCAACUCGAGGAUCUGGAGGCGUUUCAUGUUGCGUUCAGUGAUCUGCAGGCGAACCCUCUGCCGUGGGUGUGUCGACGGUUAAAGCGGCUCCGUCUCUACUUUGACAACGACACAGACAAUGAUAAUCUUUUCAGCCCGACAGUCUUUUGGCACCUCUCCCGACUUGAGCAACUCCAGAGCCUGGACGUGGACGAGGACUUUAUGUGGGAGUACUCCUCUAUCGACACAGCCACAGCCACCGUCAACACAACACCAACAACUACAACAACCCCUCUCAAGAAACAAGGCCCACCAUUACAAUGGAGACUAGAUUCAGGACUGGGCCAGAUGACCAACUCACUCCAGCUCCGAGCCGUAAGGGUCGAGAAGACAUUCGACAAUGCCCGCCCCGAUGAUAUAGAAUGGAUGUUGAAGCACUGGCCGCGACUACGAGAGUUCACGGGCCCGUUGACACAGCACUCUGAGGACUGGGAGGCAAUGUUUGAGUUGUUUGAGGCGCGGGGUGUCAGGAACGAUAAUAUUCACUUCACACCGAGAUUUGGUAGGUGGUCGUUCAUCGUGAGCUAG